AUGGUUUCUUUUUCUUGUGUUGACAAAUAUUUGGAUGUUCAGAGAAAAGAGCAUAUGAAGAAUGGAAUUAGUGGAUUGCCAGACGACAUCCUCAUUUCCAUCCUGUCUCUUUUGACACUUAAGGAAGCUGCACGUACUAGUGUUCUCUCACGCAGAUGGAGAUAUUUAUGGAGAUAUAUAACUGCUAGUUUCAACUUCAAUCCAAAGACAUUGCGAGCUUCUUCAGCAGAUGGUACUUCACAUGAAGAGCCUACUAAGUAUAGGAGUUGGUUGAGCGGUACUUCUCAUUUUGAAGAGCCUACUAAGUAUUUAAGUUCGGUGAAUAAAGUCUUGGAAUUGCAUCUUGGCACCUUUAUAGAUGAAAUGAGGAUUUCUUUUUGUUUCCGUGGGCACUACCCUCGUGAUAUCGAUGAUUGGAUUAAGUUUGCAAUGGAAAAGGGCGUUCAAAGGUUUGAAUUGGAUGUGUUGGCUGGGAUGUUACCCGGUCCGUGGCUUAAAUUUUACGAUUUUCCAAGCUUGGAAAGCUUCAAAUUCAUAAAUAGGACUUCAAACAGUCAUCAUGUGUCAAGGACUAUUGGUUUCACAGAUGGUUUUUGCUCCCUAACCACCCUUUCUUUGGUUGGUGUUAAUAUCAUGGAGGAGGUGCUUGAGAAUUUGCUAUCCAUCUGUGUGUUUCUUGAACAAUUAUGCAUUGUGGGAUCAACAUCUCUAGUGAAUCUAAAAAUUGCUGGCCCAUCUCUCAAAUUGAAGUGCUUAGAGAUCUCUCAGUGUCACUCUUUGGAAAAUCUUGUAAUUUCUGCAAUAAAUCUUGUUUCAUUCACCUACUUUGGACGAGAUAUAAGUGUGCCUUUUAAAAACGUCCCUCUUCUAUCUGAGCUAUCUAUUGGGGGAGAUUUUGGUGCGUCCUUUGUUUUUGAAUCUUGCAAGCAUUCCAGCUAUAUUACUCAAAUAGAAAAGCUCAAGUUACAAGUGUUUCCUGAGGUUUUCCAUCGGUUUCCAAAGUAUUUUCGUGAGCUAGGUAAUCUCAAAGAAGUGGAAUUGUUUGUCCUGGCAGAUGCAGGUGACAGCCUUCUCAGUUUAGUUUCUGUGAUCAAGGCGUCUCCUCAAUUGGUUAAAUUUACUGUUAACAGAGAUAAGAACAAGAGAGGGAGAGGUGAAAGCAGACAGGCAAUAGGGGGUGAUCAAAUUGUAGAUAGAACUACUGAUAAAGAGGCGACUAAAUGUCAUCAUCAAUGCCUUAAGGUGGUGGAAUUGGUUGGGUUUGUUGGGAGUAGCAGCAGCGAAUUUGAUCUUGUUUUGCACAUACUUGAGGUUGCCGCAUCACUUGAGAAGAUAAUUAUUGAUCCCCGUCAUGUGUUAGAUUUUAAAGAUUCACGGCAAGCGAAGGUGACAGAAGAUGCUAGAGAGUGUGCCAGGCAACUAAAAACAAUAUUACCUACAACCGUUGAUUUAGUGGUCCUUUAG